UCUCAGUAGUCUUGUCUGGCUGGUCCGGUGUACUCUCGUUAAACCGGCGGAAUUUAGUCGAUUUCGGUUCGCGUUCGACUCGCUGUCUCCCGCCUCGCCUUGCUUCUUCGCUGUCUCUCGUGUUGUCAAAAUAUCCUAUUUUUGUUUCUUUUUAAGAGCAUAUUGUCACAACAUAAUUCUAUAAAAAUUCUGGUUUUCGCCUUGCCGUUCACGUACCGGCGCGCGGCGUAUCGUCGCGUUUAUUUUGUCACUGCGUUGAAUGGUUCUUAUUUUCGUUUCAUAAACAGUAUUUUAUCAUGUUUACUUAUGUUGAUGGACCGGCAAACUUAUUAGGAAACACAAGAGACUGAACACCUCAAGCUAAGGUAGAAACCAACACCUGACUACUGUUACAAAUGAGUAUAGAAAAGUAUGAUACCAAAAUGUCUAAAGUCAGCAACAAUAACAGUGCAUCACUAGAAGAGAUGUGCCCUUUACAAAAUGGAUCCAAGCACAACGAAGCAGCUGGUGAGAAGAGUUCACUAACUGAGGCAGACGAGCAUUAUGAACCAAACCACAUAUCGAGAAAUCAUAUAUCCAAUGAUGACGUUGGUGCUCAGAGUGAUACCGACGAUGAUGAAAGCGAAACUCGGUGUGGAUGGGGGCCUUGUUCUCCUUCGUGGUGUAAAAUGUUUGCAUCCAAACAGGUGUUUCUUGCAGUAUUUUGUAUGGCAUGGGUCCUACAAGGAAUGUAUCACACAUAUUUUGUUAGUGCAAUAACGACGAUAGAAAAAUUGUUUCAAAUACAGUCGAAAGUAACAGGUAUCAUAAUGAGUGCGACAGAGAUCGGACAAAUAGGUUCGUCCUUGUUAUUAACGUAUUACGGAGGACAAGGACACAGGCCCAAAUGGAUAGCUUGGGGCGUAGUUUUAUUUGGUGUUAGUAGUUUUACUUGCUCUCUACCUCACUUUAUUUAUGGUCGGCAGUUAAUUAACGCAAAUGAUCCAACUGGAAUAAUUAGGCAUCCGAAUGUUUGUAAGUCACCUAACUAUGAGCUAGAUGAGCUAUUCCUCCGAUCGUCGAUAAAACAAAAUGCCAGUGAUUUUAUAAAUGAAAACAUGUCACCCAUCAUUCAGAGUUGUAGCGAAAGUGACGUUAUACCAGGACACCAAAUCCAGUCUAGCGUAACGAAUAUAGUUUUAGCGAUUUUCUUUGUGAGCCUUUUAGGUGUUGGCAUGGGCCAGACAGCCGUUUACACUUUGGGUAUUCCAUUUAUGGAUGACAACGUUUCCAGUAAACAGUCACCUUUGUAUUUUGCCAUAACCAUAGGAGUAAGAAUUCUAGGACCUGCAUUUGGAUUUAUAGUGGGGUCACUUUGUACAAGUGUUUACGCUGACCUAUCAGUGGAUCCCAAAAUAGACUCAUCGGACCCCAGAUGGGUUGGAGCCUGGUGGCUUGGACUCGUUAUCAUUUCGGUAUUACUUCUACUAGCUGCCAUAGCUAUGUUUGCCUUUCCCAAACGUCUACCUCAUGUUAAGUCUUUCCAUAAUAGACCUAAGACUAAUAAAAUGCUUGUUAAUAAAAAACAACCUCCUACCUUAAGAGAUUUUCCAAAGACUGUAAAAAGACUAUUAAAAAAUGAUAUACUAAUGUUUAGAACCGCAAGUAGCGUAUUGCACAUCUUGCCCAUCGCAGGCUUAUAUACGUUUCUACCGAAAUAUUUAGAAUCUCAAUUCAGGUUACCCACACCUACUGCCAACAUGAUUUCAGGUGUUGGUGGAAUCUUAGUAAUGGGCGUGGGAAUAGUAAUAAGUGGAAUAUUUAUCCUAAAAGUAAAACCCAAUGCUAGAUUCGUAGCUGGAUGGAUUGCAUUUACAGCUAUUGUUUAUGCAAUGGGAAUGUGUGUUCUUAUGUUUAUAGGUUGUCCUAUGAACGAGUUUGCAGAGCUAAAGACUAAUGAUGGGCUAAUUCAACUCAGUAGCUGUAAUAAAACUUUAUGCAACUGUAACGAAGACCAAUUUGAACCAAUUUGCGGAGAGGAUGGCAAAACUUAUUUGUCUCCUUGUCACGCGGGAUGUCAAAACGUGACAGAAAAAGACGGAAAAAUUACAGGCUACGUGAGUUGUAUGUGUAUUGACUCUAUAGAAGGCUCCAUAGACGACAACACUACGAUUUAUGGUAAUGCGACGAUAGGAUACUGCGAUCAAGAGUGUGGAAAUUUCAUGUUGUAUAUCGUUCUAUUUUCCAUUUUUGUAUUUGUACAUUCUACCUCGGAAGUAGGGUCUAUGUUGCUUAUCUUACGAUGCGUAGAUCCAAAAGACAAGGCGAUGGCACUUGGUUUAAUACAGUUUGCCAUAGGGCUAUUUGGAAAUGUUCCAUGUCCUAUUAUUUACGGCGCAGUCGUAGAUUCGGCAUGUAGGAUUUGGAAAAUGGCUUGCGGCGAGCAAGGAGCUUGUGGACUUUAUGAUGCUGAUAUGUUUAGGAUGUUUUAUCACGGUAUAACCGGUGCUCUUUUGUUGUGCGCAUUUUUCGUGGACUUGACAGUUUGGUACAAGGCCGGAAGCAUCAAUUUUGUGGAGGAACCGCCACAGUUCGAAGAAGAAUUGGCCACGAUUGACAUCAAAAUCAAAGAAGACAGCGAAUAAUAUAGGGCAGGGGUAGAAAAUACCCCUAUGAAAUAUUAAUAAGUGCUACCUAAAACUUUUUACUUUAUCCUUUGAUACUCCCUCGCAUCACAUUUUUUUUAUACAAAAACAUUUUUAUUUGCCAUGGGUACAAACGGCGUACCACUAUAUUGACUGAGGUGAAAACUACAACUAAUAUAAAUGCUUAUUAUUGUAACUGUUUUAGUACGUAUAGUCCUAGUCGAAAUAUCUGUUGCAUUUUUAUCAAACUUUUUUUGCUCUAUUCUAUUUCUAGGGAAAAGCGUUUAGGGAUACUUGUCUAUUUUGGCAUCUGAAUCAAAAUACCCCCAACUGGUUCUCAUUAAUACUCGUUGCAUCCUUUCAUUUGUGUUACUUAAUAUUUGUUUAACGAUUGAACAUCUAGGCCAUAUUUUUUGGUUACGUUUUCAUAAAAAAAUUAUAGUGGUGUCAUGGGCAUACCUGACAUUUUUGGAAUAUGUAGUUUCUGUUUCUGGCAUCUGUUUAUUGAAAAUUCUUUUGCUAAUAUUAAUAUGCAGCAUCAUUUGUUGUAUUGAACAUUGUCAAAAGCCUUUUAAAAAUCUUUGAAGCCAGUUCAAAUGCAUGUCGCGGUUAUUUUGAAAAAUGACUAAUAUUGUUUAAGGACCUUCAAUAAAGCCAAAUUGCCUUCUUAAUAAGUCAAUUCUAAGCAACUAAUUUUACCUUUAUUGCGCAGAAUGCUAAAAUAAUUUAGCAUUGAGUUAUACUAUAUCAUGUGUUAUAGAUCAGCGCCAAUUAAGCAUUUUUAACCUUAAUUUAAGCAGUUUUGCGCAUUGAUUUAAACCUUCUUACUAGAGUAGUUGUGUUGCUUAAUAGAGUCUCUACGAAAGAACAGGAUCUUAACCUAAAAAAUUAAAGAAAAAGAUGCUGAUGCCAAAGUUGACUGGUCUCCUUAACUUUUUAAUAUUAGAUUAAUUCAUAAAAAAAUAAAUGUUAUAGACAUUUAUAGGAUAUUUUGCUGUUGUAUAUUUUAUGACUGAUCCACUUUGGUUUACAUGAAGUGCCUAUUUUAUAGUGAGAUUUGUUAUUUUUUAUUAAGAUUUAAUCAAAUUUAUUCUGAUAGUUCAAAAAAUUCAUCCAUUAUCCCAAAGAUGCUGGUCAUACAUUUUUAUAAAAGGUAAAAACACAAAAUCUACAGCAUCACAAAUACAUUUAAUAAAAUAACAAAGGUUACAUGUUUCGCUCGACUAGAGCAUCAUCAGACCAUAACAUACACAAAACACCUAACAUAUAAAUAAACAAAGCUUACAAUAAUUUGUGAUACUGUAAAUUUUGUGUUUUUACCUUUUAUAAAAGUUAUUCUGAUAGUGCCGUUAAUUAUAGCGUGUUUAUUGUAACGUUAUUGAUUCUAUUGAUUUUUUAUAAUAAACCUUUUCUGCUCAUUUAGGGUGAUUUUAACGCUGAGGGUAUUUUCCACAUCAGUAUGCCAAAAUAAAAAAAAAAUUAGCCUUGCUACGGUCCUGCUGCUCUGCUUUGCGGAAAUUCUUAGUUAUCAUAGUUGUGGGUGAAACACAGCUGCGCGCGCCACAUACCCCCGUAAGAAACUUACCGGUUUGUGGACAGGACCGUACUUAAAAGAAAUAUUUCUUUUCUGUUUUAAGUACUAUCGAAAUAAAUUACUCAACUUUAUUACUCUCAAUGUAGUAAGAUUCUAAAUAGAUAUUUUAUCUUACCGUUUAUAUUUUUUAAGAAAAUUAAUAUUAUUAAUUUAUUGGCCCGUCGAAUUUAUUAUAAAAUAUUGUAAGUGAAGCAGAUUAAUAUACAGGGUAUUAUUCAGAUGUUUGCCCCAAUUUUCACACAUUUUUUUAAAUUUGGUUGAAACUCAACAGAUAUGAAAAAUUCAUGGACCCGGGUCUUUAAAAGCUUUUAAAAUUAUAUUUUUGUCUUAAAGUUACGUUAAGUGAGAAAUCCAUAAUUCAAGGAUGCGUUCAGGGUCAAUUAUAUAAUAAAGUGUCGUUUUCCAGCAACACUUUUUUUAUAUUCAACACUCUGGAUAUUAGAAAUUAGAAUUCCUAUCUUAGAGCAUACUUAAUUAAUACCCUGUAUAUAGCCAGGAUGAAUUUAUCAAAAGUUAUACAGCGUCCCAAACUCGAGCAUUCUUUUUAGAAUCUUGAAAAGUGUAAGAUAUACAGGGUAGGCAAAAUUAUGGACAAGUUGCGAAUUUUUAUACCGAAGUCUCUUUUAGUCAAUUUUUUAAUGUCUGUUACUAAAAAUAUAAAAAAAAAAGCAUGUAAGGAUAAAACCGAAUAAAAAUCUCCUUAUCUCUGUCACAUUCAAUUCGUGACAAAAUCUCAUAGGAUAAGAUAAACUUCUGAUGAAAAUUAUGUGAAACGAGUUGACUGUAUCUUUAUUAUUUUAAUAGAAAAAUGUUUUUUUUGAUAAUAUAUUAUUGUAUUAAAGGAAGCCAAAUGUAUGUAUGAAACAAAUUAUAGAAAAUUCAGGACCGUAGCGUAAGCAAAACAAAUAUGGUUUAUAAAGGCAAAAUAUUAGAUGUGAAAUUUGAAAUACAGCAUUUUACCCACUGUCUCAUUAACUUUCCCUGUAUCUCUUUCUGAGAUCUCUUUGAUGAAGCUUGCAAUGGAGGCACCCUGUAUAUUAACUUAACUAAAAUCUGGCUUCACAUUAUUAUAAAUUGACAUCAUUUGUGAGAUACAUGGGAGCGUCAAAAUCGAAAUAUUUUCUAUAUUUUUAUUUGUAUCUAUUUUUAUCAUAAGAUUGGACUUCUCGGGUCGCCGUCAAGAUUCUGUAAAGGCUUAGCUGUAAUAUUUUCUAGUACAUUUUAAAUGAAAAUGCACAAACCGAUGUUAACCACAUCUCGUUUUUUAUAUUUCCCUCUCCGCAAAUAACGCAUUCAUCUAUUUCAACUCGUCAUCGUCAUACUCUCUGAUCUUCAGAUUCACUAUGAAACUCUGCAAACAUUCUUGUUUUUUUUUCUGCCUUAAUGCCCUCUUCGCUGCUGCGGUUUCCAAAUUUUCUCUGUCUAAUAUAUGUUUUUUUUCCGAUUUUGUCGUGGAGUUACAUUUGGUUUUUCGAUACUGGACAGGCUCUUCCUAUCCAUUGUAGCAACAUGAGUAUAUGCUUUGUUAAAUAUUGCAGCGUAAAUGCUUUGUUAUAUAUCAGUCAUAUUCUGUAAAGCUGAGACUCGAGCGAUACUAGUGGGUUCCGGUUUUCCUUAGUGUACUUCGGAGUUUCUCCUUAGAAAUCCAUAAUACCAGUCUUGUACGGACAUUUUAAAUUCCACCUUAAAGUUGUGCUUUAUGUGGUUUAGCCAUUCCAGGGUAUUGCCAACUUAAGAACGUGGUAUUUUAAUGCCAUUUCUUGUACGGGUGAAAAAGCACAGUUCCAAUAUGUCCAACAACAAGUUCAUCGUCGUAUCUUUUUUUUCUUUUUGCUAUUGAAGACUCUAAGAUAUUGAACCUGUUACCAGCCUGCUGUAUUGAUCCUCUAUUUCCAACAAAUUUUUUGGCCGGAAUCCUGAUUUCUCAAUCCCAUUGCGCCUUUGUAGUUUUACGUUGGCAUUUCGGCAUUUGCAACAAUGCUUAAUACAUGGCGGUUACCCAGUUGUGUGCACUUGAGGCUAAUCAUCAUCAAUUAACCGAAAUUAGCAGUUUCACUUUCUUCUAUAAAACAACAAAAAAACUUCUCUUUAAAAUUUGAUUUUCUACGAGACACAUACUAGUGCCACGAACUUAAUAAAUAUACCUGGACUGCCAAUUCAAUGAAAAGUAAAUGACUAGGGGGCUGCCAUUUUGCGUGAUUGUGUCCUUUCGAUGUUGGUCACUCUGAGAAAUUUUAGUUGUGCCAAUUGUAGGGAAACAAAACAAGUUUUUGGGAGGUUAUGUUUACAAGAACAAAAUAGAAAGUUACAUUUAGUUAAGAAUUUAAGAUAAACUUGAAUCUUAUAAAUCCUAGUACCAUGAAAAUGAUCUUCAUUUAAAUGUUUGUUUGUGUUUACUUAACAAAUUUAGUUAAAACCACUUUUAUUUUUUUUCUAAUUUUACUUUACGACUUUUACUUCUCUUCUAUGUAGUGUUUCCACAUAAAUAGAUACAACCAUCUAUAAAAAUCAAAAUACAUAGAUGAGUUUAUGAGGUUUUGUAAUUAGCAAGGGUUUAUAUAGUAAAAAUAAAUAACUCUAUAUAUUAUUAAUUAUUCUAUGAUAAGAAACACAGACAGACAAUUCAUAAUAAUUCGGUUUUGAAAAACGGUGAAUCAAAUACGUUUAAAUAAGUAUGCUGAUACAUUAUCCACGUAUGAAAUAAGGAGGAAGAUAUAUCGCCUGAUGCAGACGAUAUGCCCAAGCGUGUCCUUUACAAAUCGCCAAAACUAGGCAAUCCGCUAUACUUAAAAUAAUUGAAAAUGUUAUUUAGAAUCAGUGAUAUCCAGUGAUAUCAAGUCGUGAUUUUAGAAUCCCAAUGAUG